GUGCAGUUUCACUACUCCCCCACACACUCUCUCUCUCUCUCCUUUUCCCCCAAAUCAGAAGAAGAGACGACGACUGUGUAGUAGUGAGAGAAGCGGCCGCAGACCGGGCGGUACUGAAAUUUUGAUGGAGGGUUUCGGGGGAAUCUCUCUCUGCUGCUGAUCUCCGGGAGGGCUGGUUCGUCUUCGGCUUCGGGAGGGGGAGGAGCGGGAGAUCGUGAUUUCGAAGGAGGCAGAGAUGGCCGGAUCGGACGAGAACAACCCGGGCGUUGUCGGAGGUGCGCACGUUCAAGAGGGCUUGCGGGUCGGAGCGGGGAAGAUGGGGGCGGGGAAUGUUCAGCAGAGACGAGCUCUGAGCAACAUCAACAGCAACAUCAUCGGGGCUCCUCCUUAUCCAUGCGCGGUCAACAAAAGGGUCUUGUCCGAAAAAAAUGUCAACUCUGAAAACGAUCUCCUCAACGCUGCUCAUCGGCCAAUUACUAGGCAGUUUGCUGCUCAGAUGGCUUACAAGCAGCAACUUAGACCUGAGGAGAACAAGAGGACGACCCAAUCAGUCUCAAAUCCCAGCAAAUCUGAAGAUUGUGCCAUCUUAGAUGUGGAUGACGACAAGAUGGCUGAUGACUUUCCGGUGCCAAUGUUUGUGCAACACACCGAAGCAAUGUUAGAAGAAAUUGAUCGGAUGGAGGAGGUUGAGAUGGAAGAUGUAGCUGAAGAACCUGUCACGGACAUUGACAGCGGUGAUAAAGAGAACCAGUUGGCUGUUGUUGAGUACAUUGAUGACCUAUACAUGUUCUAUCAGAAAGCCGAGGCUUCUAGUUGCGUUCCCCCAAACUACAUGGAUCGGCAGCAGGAUAUUAAUGAGCGGAUGAGAGGUAUACUAAUUGACUGGCUGAUUGAGGUUCAUUACAAGUUUGAAUUGAUGGAUGAGACCUUGUAUCUUACGGUCAAUCUCAUCGAUAGAUUCUUAGCUGUUCAACCUGUAGUGAAGAAAAAACUCCAGCUAGUAGGGGUAACAGCCAUGCUUCUGGCAUGCAAAUAUGAAGAGGUCUCAGUUCCAGUAGUGGAGGAUCUCAUUCUGAUUUCAGACAGGGCUUAUAGCAGGAAAGAAGUUCUAGAAAUGGAGCGGUUGAUGGUGAAUACUUUGCACUUUAACAUGUCAGUGCCUACUCCUUAUGUUUUCAUGAGGAGAUUUCUUAAAGCCGCUCAAUCUGACAAGAAGCUCGAGCUCUUGUCAUUCUUCAUCAUCGAGCUUUCCCUGGUUGAAUAUGACAUGCUGAAGUUCCCACCCUCUUUAUUAGCUGCUUCUGCAAUCUACACUGCUCUGAGUACAAUUACCGGAACUAAACAGUGGAGUACAACAUGUGAAUGGCACACCAGCUACUCAGAAGAACAGCUUCUGGAAUGCGCCAGAUUGAUGGUGACUUUCCAUCAGAGGGCUGGAUCGGGGAAGCUCACUGGUGUGCACCGGAAGUAUAGCACAUCCAAGUUUGGUCAUGCUGCGAGAACUGAGCCUGCUAACUUUCUCUUGGACUUCCGUUUGUAGUGGGUUGCGUGUGUCGUUGUGUACCUUGCCUAAAUCAAACAUAAAAAACUGACUUUUGGGCCAGGGUGGGGGGCUUAAAAAUAUAGCAACAUAAGUUGCCCUGCGAGUGUGUGUAUAGCUGAUUCAUUUCAGCGUUUUAUCUGAACAUAUGAUGGUGAUUCAUUCCUUGUAUCCCUUGAACAUAUAUGAUGCCGAUUCAUUUCAGCGUUUUAUUUGCACCUGACAGUGGAUAGCUGUUGUUUGUUGACACUGUUCCUUAGUUGCAUUUAUUCAUCGA